ACACUGCUUUGAUAAGAGCUUUACAGAGCAGCGCCUACCAUUACUCCCAGUGUCGGCGGCUUAGUAUAGGCUACUUCAGCUAGUCUUGAGGGUAGCAACAGGCGACGCUUCAUUUUAUUGAGAACAUAGCCUUGUUUGCUCGGCAGUGCUACACAUCAGAUCUGCGAGUGUAGCUAAAUAAAGUAAACAACAUCACAAGAGGAUCUGCAAGGUGUAGACCCAGGCAAUGCCAAAAUUUCAAGACGUCGUGCAGAAAUGGCGGAAUACACCAGCACACAAAUUCAGACAGAAGGACCGUGAACUCUGUAUCCAAAUUGGCUCUGCCUGUAUUGAUCAAGGAGAGACUGCCAAGGUCCUGGACUUCAUCAAAGAGGAGCAAAACCAGGGUAUAGUCAAGGCCCUUGGCCUUGGGCUGCUACAGUCACUGGUCCGUGACAUUGUGAAACGGCGGAGGAACCCUGUCCACUGUGAGGCUGCUGUCUCUCACCUAGUGCAGACUUGUAAACCAAAGGAUCUAUUUGACAACUUGUUUGGACAACUGGAGGACUGUGAUCCUGGCGCCAUCGGUGAAACAGUUAUAUGUCUCCUCCCGCUUCUCCAGACAGUGCUGCUGAGGCUGGGUGGUGGCAAGGGCCCGUGUGUGGGUGCUGUGCUGGAGGCUGCGCAGAAGCAGGUGUCCCGGCUGCCCGUGCCCUACACCAGGCAGCAGGAGAAGGUGGACGUGCACUGCCUGAGCCGCUGCUGCACGGCCCUGCUGGACUUCAUUCAGCCCUUUGUGGAGGAGGUGAAGAAGGGCGACUCUAAGAAAGGAGGGCCGUCUGCUGCAGCGAAUGACGGGCUGAGAGCUGAUAUUGUUAAAUUUUGCAUGAUGGGUCUGCGAGAGCCUUUGCUGCAGGCAGUACUGCAGGGCCCGAACAGCUCCUUCUGGACCUUUGCCACCGGCAUCAUGGUCAUAUUGCCAGCCAUCCAGAAACCCCUGCCUGUCCUCCUGUUCUACCAGCCCAUGGGGAAGGGAGAGGAGCCCAUCUCUAAGGCUGCCAGCUACUCUGUAGAGUCCCGUGCCUGUCUCGCCUACCUCCUCUUUGUCCAGCUCAUCGCCAUGGAGACAUUUCCUGCAAUCUUUUGCCCUGUUUUUGUUCUGCAGUGCAACAUGGAUUACGUCAAGCUUUUGUUUACUAGGAAAGAUGAAUCCUGGCUUACGAAAGGCCUGGAUCUGUGUGAGAAGAGUUUGGAGAGAGUAGAAGACAGCAGCCUGCCUGUGGAGAUCCUGGAGCUCAGGGCCUUCUACACGGUGCCCCAGAACUUGGUGGAAAUCAUGACUGUGUGUCCAAUAAAGCACUUGAAAACCAAGGGGCUACAUGUAUUCCAGCUCUUCAUAGAUAAACUGAAUGGAGAAGCUAAACACAGAUUCUUCAGGUGCAUGCUGAAAACCAGUCGUCAUGCUGGGGUGGAGGGGCUUGUCAUUAAGAACACCAAGAACCAGGUGGACCCUGCUAAGUGUGGGAAAGUGAGCUGUUGGUUCUCAGGGGAGCACCUGCUGUCCCUGCUGCAGCUGAUCCUGAGCCUCCCACAGGGGCCACAGACGGACCUGCUGCAGGGAAUGGACAGAGUAAUGGAAUCCCUGAACUUGCUACGUUUUUUGCUCAUCAAGGAGAAGGAACAGAGUUCUUCAAAGAGCAUGUGGGCAGAGUUGUGUAAGCUGUCUGACAGCUACCGGAAGGUCCUGCGUGUCUGCCUCAGCUUGUCCAGGACCUACUAUGGCUCUGAGCUCAAGACUCUCAGAGAGAAUCAGAAGAACAAAGCCAAGGAGAGAAGAGAAGCUCUGAAAUUGAAGAAACCAGUACGUGAAAUCAAUGUGAGAGACGAAAAGUUGUCCAAUAUGUCUGCAGUGGAACAACAUCAGGUUCUUCAGUGUGCCAUGGUGACCUUUGACCUCAUGGACAGUCUGGUGGUGAGAAUAGAGGAGUUGAUGGAGGACAGAGCUAUGUGAGAACACUGACCUCUGCUUUCUGUACCAGAAACCAGCUUUUUCAUAGUCACUGAUAUGUCCAGGUCCAAAACAUUUUUUUUACUGACUUUUCUUUUAAAAGCAAGUUAACAGAACAUGAGUCCAACAAUCUGGAUUUUCUUGAAACACAAGUCAGACUAAAUGAGCAAGGUGUCAGUGUAAGUGUACUUUGGAGCAUUUGACAAAACUGUUUUAUGACAUGACUGUAAAUUCCUAACUUUAACUUGUGCAAGUUUGGAUUCUGAGCUUAGGAGAUUUAAUAAGCCUUUCAAAUGACUUUAGGGAGAUGUAUGUGUAUAUGUAUGAGGAGUCUAUGAAUGCUGUGUCCAUACAAUCUGAGUUUUGAUUUAAUAUAAAUGUAGUUUAACCAUAUAGGUUUCCUUUGCUGCCAUCUAGUGCUCAUCCUGCUUAUUUACAUGAAAGCGUACUGUACUUGCCAUGUGAGGAUUUUGUUUCGUUUUAUACAGCUCAGUUUAACAGGAAUAAAAUAGAACAAGUGUGUUGUUAAA